CCGGGCCGCGCCGCGGCAGUUCCGGCGGGUGACCCUGGCGAGUCCUUCUGGGCGGCGGGAGCGGAGCGAUGGGGCUGCACGACAGCGUCGUUCACGCCGGGGAGCCCGAGGAGGAAGAGGAGGAGGAGGAGCUGGUGGACCCUCUAACCACGGUGCGGGAGCAGUGCGAGCAGACGGAGCAGUGCGUGAAGGCGCGGGAGCGGCUGGAGCUGUGUGACGCCCGCGUGUCCUCCAGGUCCCAGACAGAGGAGCAGUGCACCGAGGAGCUGUUCGACUUCCUGCACGCCCGGGACCACUGCGUUGCUCACAAACUCUUUAAGAACCUGAAGUGACGGUGGGUGUGAGUGUCCCUGCGCCUCCAGGGCCUCUGCCGGGGCUCCCGUUGCCCUCAUUGCUCGUUCUCCAUGCCAAGUUCACAGCAGACGGUCUCUGGGCAGCGGCUGCUCCUCACUGCCUCUGUGCAGCUGGAAGAUGUGCAGCUAUCCAAAAAAACGUGUUGAUGUUCUGUGAUUUUCCAUAUUAAACGUUCAGUGUUCCCAUGGAAA